AUGAGGACUCACACAGGUGAGAAGCCGUAUUCUUGUGAAACAUGUGGAAAAAGUUUUAGUGCACAGGGUUCUUUAUCGGUCCACAUGAGGAUUCACACAGGUGAGAAGCCGUAUUCUUGUGAAACAUGUGGAAAAAGUUUUAGUGCACAGGGUUCUUUAUCGGUCCACAUGAGGACUCACACAGGUGAGAAGCCGUAUUCUUGUGAAACAUGUGGAAAAAGUUUCAGACAGCAGAGUGCUUUAUCAAACCACAUGAGGACUCACACAGGUCAGAAGCCGUAUUCUUGUGAAACAUGUGGAAAAAGUUUCAGUCAACAGGGUUCUUGGUCGGUCCACAUGAGAACUCACACAGGUCAGAGACCGUAUUCUUGUGAAACAUGUGGAAAAAGUUUCAGUCGAAAUAGUUCUUUGUUGAGCCACAGGGUGACUCACACAGGUGAGAAGCCAUUUUCCUGUGAAACAUGUGGAAAAAGUUUCAGUCAACCGAGUUCUUUAUUGGUUCACAUGAGGAUCCACACAGGCGAGAGACCAUAUUCUUGUGAAACAUGUGGAAAUAGUUUCAGUCAGAAAAGUUCUUUGUUGGGCCACAUGAGGAUUCACACAGGUGAGAAGCUAUUUUCUUGUGAAACGUGUGGAAUGAGAUUUACUCAUUGUAGUUCAUUGCCGCACCACCUUAAAAGUCACAAAUCGAUGAAUCCGUGAACAACUCUCUUGGAGAGCUCAUUGAGGAAGUACAGCUUCGUCCCCAAACAACAAGAGAGCAUCCAGUUUAAAGGAGAUGUUCCAC